CGGGAGGAGUGCGACGACGGGGAGAAGCCGCUUCACGUUGCCUGUGCGGGCAGAUGGUAGAUGGUGCAGACUGCCAGCUGGAGAAGCUGCCGAUGCGGCCGCGGGACCGCGCCCGGGUGAUGGACGCCGCCAAGCACGCCCACAAGUUCUGCAACGCGGAGGAGGAGGAGAGCGUCUUCCUGCGCAGACCAGAAGGCAUAGAGCGGCAGUUCAGGAAGAAGUGUGGCAAGUGUGGACUGCUGCUCUUUUAUCAACACCAACAGAAAAAUGCUCCCGUGACGUUCAUUGUUGAUGGUGCUGUGGUCAAAUUUGGCCAGGGUUUUGGGAAAACAAACAUAUAUACUCAGAAACAAGAACCUCCCAAAAAGGUGAUGAUGACCAAACGGACCAAAGACAUGGGCAAGUUCAGUUCUGUCACCGUCUCCACAAUUGAUGAAGAGGAGGAGGAGAUUGAAGCAAGGGAGAUUGCAGACUCCUAUGCACAGAAUGCAAAAGUGAUUGAGAAACAGCUGGAACGCAAAGGCAUGAGCAAAAGAAGGCUACAGGAGUUGGCUGAGUUGGAAGCCAAGAAAGCCAAGAUGAAAGGAACCCUGAUUGAUAACCAGUUCAAAUGAAACGCUGCACAUCUGCUGGGUGUUUGGAGACAGGAGAAAGCUACCAGGAGCUAUCACAGAUCUGCCAACAAAGUAGAAGUAACAGACAACAUUCAAGGGCAACGUGCUGCAGCCAGCUUGGAGGAUGAGUACCUCUCUGUUGUGAGUGAUACUCUGGUACCAACUUUAAUAACUCCAGCGGCACUGCAGACCUUGCUGAAACUGCAGUUCUCGGCAGACCCAGUGUUAAGAGCAAGCUGUUCCAGCCAGCAUAUUUACUUUUGGGAAAAUCUUUGCUGGGUGCCUUCCUGAGUUCAGUGCACCUUUAGAUACCUGUCUUUUUAUUUUGGUAGUUUUCAAAUGUGUAAGAUUUCCAUAAAUGUAUUAGAACAAUAGGUCAACUGUACAACAAAGAAAUCAUUAUAAAAGUAAGCUCCGUGCCUG